CUAGGUAUGGAGUCACGCAUUUUCACUUCAGGUGAGCACAAGGUUCGAUUGGAUCCGUUCAGCCCUCUCAAGCAAGAUGAUGUCGAUUAUGUAACAAAUGUGCUAAAGCAGAUUCAUGGGAACUUCAUUGAAUUGGUGAAGGAAAGGCGACCAUCACUUGAUGUUAAACACAAAACUGUAUUUAGUGGUGAUUUUUUCACUGGCAAGGAUGCUGUCUCAUUCGGUCUAGCUGAUAAUACCUGUUCUGAUUUAAGAGCUGUUUGUCAGGCAAGGUUUGGCAGAAAUGUCAAAUUUGAGCGCUGUGAGCCUCCAAGUGGUGUUCUGGGUAGACUUAGAAAUCUUGUUACUCAGAUGAAAGUUGAGGUAUCUAUUAAUGACAUGUUGGAAGAGCUGACUUUAAAACAAUACAGACCUUAAACUACAAUAUACUUGUUACAAAAAACUCAUUGCAAUUCUUUUGUCAAUGUAUUUUUUUCUAAUUAUUAUCAUGUUCUUUUUUAAUUACAAACAAUUUUUAUAAAGACUUAAGAAAACAUACAGCUUUAUUCAGUUAUCAAAUUUGAGCAAAGUAAGCAGCAUGUUAGUUUUGAUAGUUUCAUGUUAGCUCAAACCUUUUCAGUAUUUAUAGCAGGUAUACUUUCCAGCAAGCAGGUGCUAAAUAUUCUGAUAUAGUGUUGUAGCCAUCAUUUUGAAUUGGCAAGACCAAGAAGUCUGGGACAAAUGAGACAGUUUCUAUUGAGGUUAUUGUAAGAAUGAAAACCUUGGGAAAGCAAAAAGGUUCAACAUAAAUUUACCCCACCCCCUCUCUACAGCUGUGCUCUGUUCACAUCAGGAUUUCCUCCAUCCUAACAAUCCAAUAUUAUUUGGAAACAAUAAGUCAAAACAUCUAUAAUUCAUUAACAGGAUGACAUUUAACCAUGCAAAUGCUAGUCCUUUGUACAGCUGCUCUAUCAGGAGUAACUGAACACUUAGAAAGAAAACCCAAAGAACAGCUGUAAAGGAUGCAAAGCAAAGGUAUUCUGUAAGCAUGUUUGGUUACACAGGAGAUGCCACCUGAAACACUGUUGUAACAAUACUGAUUUUGUGUAAGCUAAAUGAAGUAUAAGAAUAUUUUGUGUGUAAAUAAAUAAAUAGUUAUAUGUGUUUGAGUUAUCUUUGAUUAAAAUCAGUUUAAGUGUGAUUGUACACUUACUUUCCUCA